CAGCAACAUCUCGUCGAACAUAGAGCAGCCAAUGUGGGCUCCAGACCACAAACAUCAGUUUCAUCUCUCACACCAACCCUCUCAUCCCUUCACGCGCAGACCGUCGUGCAGUAGAUGACGCCGCCGCCGCCGCCAUGUGAUUUCUGUCGCAGCUGCUGCAUCGCACGCGCGGUCUGUCAUCGGCUCUUGAUGCGCGGGAGACAGGAGCCGUGCGUGAGUGAAGAUGCUGCCCCGCCUAGGAGGAGAGUAAGUCCCCCAUCCCACCCGAGCCCCACAUCACCUCACACCCCCCUGUACGUUCGCAUCUUGCGGACAUGCGCACACGCUUCAUCCCACUGCAGCUGCUGGAAGGUGGGAUGGGAGGGAUGGGAGGGUAGUGCCACGAGCGCGCGCAGCCUCUGUAGCAAAGUCUUCAAGCUCGCGCGCCGAGCAUGUGUCGUGGGUGAGUUGUGAGUUCGCUCCAGUGACCAGGGAAGCACUCCAAAGUCAAUCGUCACUUGUGUCGGACUUGUCCUGGAUCUCAUACCGCUUCUUGUUUGUUUGUUAUUUUUUAAACGACAUCCACCAUCUGAGCGGCGAUGAAAAAAGAUCCGUGUUCGACUUUGUGCAGGGCUUGGUGGGCCAGUGUCGAGCUCGGAAAGUCGGGUACAUCUUUCUCACACGCUGAAGACCUUUGUGUGAACUUUUCUGAGAUUUUAUCUCUGAGAGACAAACUUUUUAUGUGUGGGAACUCUCCAAGACUGAUAUCAGGGUGUGAAUCGCAUGCUCCACCCCUUGAUUGCCGUCUGUCCUGACAUUCUCUGCCUCAGCCGCGUCUUGCAGGUCCUCAUCACGAACGCCGCUGCAAGGCGGCCAGCGAGCUGGAGAGCUUUGCACACGACACCAGCUGUCCUGGAAGUCUUCGCAAAAAUGUCAAUCAACGCCUGCUAUGGCUUCCAUCGCAAUCCAGACUGCAUUUUUCUUCGACUUUCGCGGCGUUGGACGUGGUGUCUGCAUGGCAAAAGACAGAGAUGAGAGGGACAGACAGAUAGACGAAGAGAGCAGGUAACUUCCAACCACGACUCCGUGACUGAAGAAGUUUUGUUUUAUUCUGGGAGGAAGAAGCUGAAUCACAAUUUUUGCCAUUGAAAUAUAUAUUUUUCUCCAACAUAUCCUUGAUAGUCCUGACUCUCUGAUGUUGGUUUAAACGUAAAACAAUGACCAGAAAAGAUUUCGGUUUGAAUCCAGCAGUGCUGGGACAGUCCAGCUGGACCCCAACUUCCUCUCCUCCCUCUACUCCCAGCCCUACCCUCCUCCUGUCAGAUGGAGCGAUUGUGAACGCGACGUCAUCGCCCUAUGACCGUUUCCUGGCCACCACCCUCACCUCCGAGGCAGGGUGGGGUCGGGAUCUUCUCAACAUCACCUCCACGGAUUCCAGCAGCGUCGUCUGGUGCCGCAACGAGUCGGCCAUGCCGCACGAAGAGACGUUCGUUGAAUUCUACGAGACGGCGCGAUUCGUGACCGGCCUCAUCCUCUACCCCUGCAUCUGCAUCCCGGGGUUGCUGGGCAACGCUCUGACCCUCAUCGUGUUGUGGGAGCGCAACAUGCGGACGUCUACCAACGCCUUCCUCUCGGCACUGGCCGUCUCCGACUCCAUCAAGCUCAUCAACGACCUUCUCUACUUUCUCAGUAUCCUGCUCCUGCGCACCGACGACACCAUCGGCAACCGCGCCUACGGCUACCUGUACCCGUACGCCCACUUCAUCUUCAGCAUGUCGGUGUGCGUGUCGUCCUGGCUGACGGUGUCCGUGGCGGUGGAGCGCUACAUCAUGGUUUGCCACCCGACACGCGCUCGCCACCUGUGCAGUCGUCAACGGGCCGUCACCGUCUGCGUCGCCGUCUUCGUCAUCAUGACGACGCUGGCCCUGCCGUCGGCUUUGAGGUACAAGACGGUGGAGUGCGUGGUGCCGGACACGGGCGCCAUCAUGUUGGAGGUGCAGCUGACGGAGAUGUGGCGCAACCCGACGUUCGUGGAGGCCUACAACUGGGCGCAGAACCUGCUGCGCUCCGUCAUUCCGCUGCUGGUGCUGGUGGCGCUCAACACCUGCAUCAUCAGCGCCGUGCGCAAGACGCGCGCCAACAAGAAGAACAACUCGCGCCACCGCGUCACCGUCAUGAUGAUCAUCGUCAUCCUCGCCUUCCUCGUCUGCAUCACGCCCGACGCCAUCAUGUCCACCGUCUUCAACCUGGGCUACCACGAGGCCUCCAACCUCGUCAAGGGCAUCCGCGAGUUCACGGACACGCUGCUGGCCUUUAACGCUGCCACCAACUUCGUCAUCUACUGCCUCUUCAACAAGGUCUUCCUGCAGAGCUUCCAGCGGCUGUGCUGCAAGACCACGGUGACCAAGAAAUGGCAGACCGAGAUGGACGAGUCGCAGUACAAGCGCCUGAGCGACGCCAAGCCCAACUUCAACAACAACUGCUCGCCGCAGAGGUUGUGACCUGCUGACCCAAUGACCUUUGUGACCUGUCGCGCGCAAGAGUAAGGUUGUGUGCUGCUGCUGUUGCUGUUGCUGCUGCUGCUGCUGCUGCUUCUCGUGUGUCUCGCGCGGCCGGGAAAAGGAUGUAGGUAGGGAAAGGGGGAACGAGGUUGGCGAAGGAUGAGGGCGGACUUUCACGAGCUGAUUUUCGUCCUCGUUGAUGAACACUGGUGACGAUAAGGAGGAGGAAGACCACGACGACGAUAGCAAGUUAUUUUUUGAUGUACUGUCCCUGCUGUCGCCCCUUACUCUGUAAUUUUCACGCUGGCUUUGUCUAAGGUUAUUGUAACACAGCACAGAAAGGAAUCUGAUAGCCGUGGAGGGUCUUUAGCUUUAGCUAAGCUAUAUAACACGACCCAACUAUGACUGAGUGUGUGAAAGAGGCUUCAACUGUGUGUGAAGAGACUUCAGCUAUGUGUGAAUGAGGCGUGAGUGUGCGGGUGGGCACCUUGUGUGAUGGGGAUGGGCUGGGAGGGAUGUGUGGUCGUAUUCGCACACAAGGGAAUAAUCCGGGGGGGAAGCCAUCGGUAACCUUUGGUGGCUUUGGUAGCUAAAGAAAGAAGAUGGAUAAAUACCCAUUUUGUGUGAUUUGAUGUCUUCUUGCACCCGUUUACUAACCUCACGCUGUACAUUGCUCCUCACUUUUUGACAGUUUGCUUCAGCGGGUGACCAUCAGUUAGUCACUGAGGAACACUGGCGACCACAGCAUGUGUGUAACAGUCACUAAAUUGUUGACCACGAGGAAUUUUCUGUAGAACCCAUUCUGUGACAGAAGAACAAAGCAUGGGAUUGGCGUGUUGUUUUAUUAUUUUUUUUUAAAGAUUGUGCCUCCCCAUUGGUCAGAUUUGUACAAUGGAGUGACGGAAGCCAUCUUGACAACUGGUCAUUGCUGAGUAAGUUGGAGCAUCUUGGUGUACAGAAUUCUUGUUCUUAAACCGUUUUUGUCAAAACUGAUAAUCAUCGUUUUAUGUUUUUUAAUUCUUUUUCUUUUUGAAGUUUUUUUCAACCUUUUCCGUAAACUUGUUUACCAUUUUGCGUGUCUAUCUUUGUUAGAGGAUAAGAACCCUUUUUGUUGUUUCUUACCAAAGAUCGCUGUAUCCAGGUGAAAAAAAGUGAACAGUGUAAUGUUACAAUAGUUUUAUCUGGCAUCAGAUGGCAACACUUGCUGACGAGAAAAAAUUUUUGCUUUUUCAAAGGCUGACAAUAAUUACAAGAGAAGGCCUUGCUGUUUUAGUGUCUGAAUGAUGAUGUGGGGGAUAAUAAAGAACAUCUUCCUCUCAGCUCUCGUCGGUGCUCGACACCAUUGAGGAUAACACCAGAUGCACUGCUCUUUGUCUCCUGCUGUUCACUUUGUACUCUGUGGCUAUUUUUAUCCACAUAACAUCUCUAUUCUUCAAAUAAAUUUCAGAUUAGCAUACAUGCUGAACACUUCAUGAAUAAUCUGAAAUUUAGAACCGCAGGAAGCAUUAGUAGCUAUUUUCGAAUCGCGUGUGAUUUAAAACUGCGACAAACAUGAAAAUAAUAAAAUAGAAAAUAGAAAAACUGUUCAAAACACUAGCUAUCGUGUUGUCUGUCUGUGUCACGAGGCACCCAAUAAACAUAAUCCAAUUCCUUUUUUUUCAGUUUUGAACCACGAAAAACAUUCAGGUAGUAUUGUAUAUCUACAAACUGUAACAAGCAUGGAAAAUAGGAAAACAGGAAUAAUAGAUUAUUUGUAUAAAUAUUUUGACUAAUUAUAUAAAAAUAAUAAAUAAAAGGAAAGAAUGCAUGUUACAUGGGUUUGUACGAGAGUUGACUAGAGAGACAAGGUUUUUAUUUUUAAUAUUCCAUUGUUUACUUAUUUGUUUCUCAAUUGUGCAAAUUGAAAAGACGCAGGUCAAAGGGCAUUUAGCAAACAAACUUUUCGAAAAGGAACUGUAAGAGUUUUAAAAUAAGAAAAGUAAUACACUGGUAUAACAGUUUUAAAGUUCUAUUCUCUCUUUUGUUCCACAAAAACUAAGUCAUUGAACUUCUAAUACAUUUUUUUACUGUUUUACAAUCCCCCUUUUUUAAGAAAAUUACUUUCCACAGUGUAAACAUCAAUUAUCUAGCUCUUUCUCUUUCUUUCUAUUACCUUUCAGCGGUUAGGAGAAGAUGAGCUCCAGGCAAAAAAUAAGGAGGCAGUAUUAUGUUGCCUAAUAUUGCCUGCGGUGUGUGUGUGUGUUCUCCACAACAUUCUUUUCCGGUGCUAAUAUAUCGUCUGAUGCUGCCUCCCACAAUUCAGUGCGAAGGAUCAGUUAAAUAAAGGCGUUUCGCCACAGCUUGUCCUCGUAAACAACUCUCUCAUCUUGUAGCUGGUUAUCAUUCCAUUAAAAGUUUCGGCACUGG